AUUGCCAGUUCAGGAAAUGGGUCUACUACCUAGUAGGCCGAGGCCGCCUUAUCCAUUAUGGGCAGGGAUAGGGAUACCGACAAAGGAUAGCACCGGCACUCCCGUUGGUUCACUAGGACGAAGGGAAACGGCGCUGACAUUGCCGGAUUGGAUUGGAUUCUGAUUGGAAGUCGAGCGAGAUAGGGAUCUAUGAUGGGGCUGAGAAGGAAAAGUCACUGGAGAGUUUCUUCCUUCCUCUCUUCCUGUGAUAUGUGCGUGCGUGCCGGGUUGACCUGACAUCACUGCCCGAACUGGGGAUGUUUAAAGAGGGUUCGACCCCGUCUCUUUUCCUUUUCUUUCUGUCCUCAUUCAUUCCUUUUUUGUUUUGGCCUAUGACAGGAAGUCAUUACCUACUACCAUACCAACAUAAAGGCACAAUACCCUAUUUGUACAUUCCGGCUUUCGAGCUCGUUUGCCAGUACCAUACCUCGCUGGUUCGUUCGUUCGUUCGUUUGGAGUAAUUCCGUACGUGCCAGGAGCCAAAGACAGGGCACCUACUUACGGGCUGGCCGCGGCUUGGGGAGAGCAAGCCGUACAAGUGCGGUAGAGUUGAUAUAUACACAGCAGCCCCCUCACCCAGCCAGCAAUUCUUCAUAGACACUCAAGUGCAGUUAGACACAACCACGACAAUAGGGGAAAUGACGAUAGAACAACCGCCGUCACCGCCCUCGUCGCCCUUGUCCGCCAGGACUAAUCCAAUGCUUCUACAAACUAACAAUCCAAAGCUCCCAUGGCUUGUGCAGAAGUUUGGUGGAACGAGCGUGGGGAAGUUGCCGUUGGGGGUUGUGGAGGUCGUUAAAAAGUAUCUGCCAACAAACCGCGUAGCAAUAGUUUGUUCGGCAAGGAGUACCGAGUGCAAAGAGCUCGGCACGACCAAUCGGCUAUUGCGGGCAGCGGAAGAAGCUAUAAACCCGGAGUCGACCAAGUGGGUGGCUAUUAUCGACGGCAUCCAGGAAGCGCACAUCGCAGCGGCCAGGGAUCUUGUUAGGUCCCGAGCGAUAUUUGAUGAACUUAGGGCGGGGGUGGAGAGGGAGUGUGAGGGUUUGAGAGGUUUUUUGGGGGCUGCGCAGGUCAUCAAUGAAAUUAGCCCGAAGUCGAAAGACGUUAUCGUCGGUACUGGUGAAAAGCUAAGUUGCAUGUUCAUGACGGCGGUACUGCGGGAUCGGGCAUGGCAUCGAUGCAGAAUAUAUCUCGCUGGAAAACAUCCUCCCAGCCUACCACCUCCCCACAUACACUGCCAGCAGCAGAGCCCUGACCCCACCCUUCUAUGAAACCCUAACCACCGCCUUGGAAUUCCACAUCCGCUCCCUCCCCGC